UGCAUUUUAAAAAUAUUGACCCUUUGCAACUGCGUCACUGAAUCACUCGAGGCGCCACGAUGGACGUCGGAAGGUGGAAACUUCUUCUCUUCCUCCGCCAUGCUGACCAACUCCUCUUCCAGCAUCUGCUCCUUUAACACCUCCCUCCAUCCUGUCACCUUUUCCUGCUUCAGCAACAUCAACCAUCUCAUCCAUUACUACUGCUUCACCCUCGUCGACCUCCUCCUCAUCCUCCCUCUCUACCUCUUCAUCCUCUGGAUGGGUUUCCAGAGAUGGCGCUCCAACAAGCCAGCUGCAGGACAGAACAGCCACACAGACGUCCUCACCUACUGGAUGGCUGUAACAGAGGGUCUCUCUUCUUUUGGGUUUUUAACUUUCAGUUACGGCAUUGGAACCUGCAGAACCGCCAUCAUGACGUAUGGUUAUUUCUUAGUCUCCUUUGGUGCGCCUGCACAGACUGUGUUUCACUGCCUGACCUGCGUGGAGCGCUAUCUGGCUGUGGUUCACCCCAUAAUCUACAUGAAGCUGAAGAAGUCACAGGGAGCCAGAGUCAGAAACGUCUGCAUCGCUCUUGGCUGGCUGCUGUGCUUCGGGAUGUUUAUUUCAGUUUCCAUGUUUUACCCACACUUCCCCACCAUAGCGUACUUCUCCAGCUUCGCCUUCAUUGUCAUGACUGUGAGUUUCUGCAGCCUGGCUGUCUUCUGUGUCCUGAUCUGCUCUGGACUGAAGUCGGAUCAGACAAAAUGGAGGAUUUUCCACACCAUCCUGGCCAUAACCGCCACGCUGGUGCUGAGGUUAUCUGGGCAGAGCGCAUCCAUGGCCAUUCUGCAUCCAAACCACAUAGCAGAAAAUUAUUGUGAAAUAUUUCUAAUCGGGUUCUGGUUGUGUUUGCCAAGCAGUCUGGUUGCACCGCUGCUGUUUCUGCACAGGAAUGGGAAGCUAACGUGUCAGGAAUGUAACGUCAGACCUUGAGUCACGUCUCAAGAAACGAAUCCCUGGAAUCUGAGUCCUUCUGUACAAUUAUGCAUAAACAUAGAAAUAAUGUCAGGUUUGUCUGUAAUAGAUGAUUAAGCAAAGAUUGAAAUGUAGAUGGAUGAAUCCUAUUUUACUAAUCAAAUGUUAGUGAUCAGAAUGUGAGAGGUGGAUAAAUGCAGGACUGAAACAGCCAAUGUUUUGUGUUUGUUAUUUUUCUUUGAAAAUAAAGCC